GUGGGGUGGUGGAGCAUAUUAUAAUGACACAAUCAUGCAUUGGACAGUUUAUCUUCAAACAUUCAAUACAUCGUAUUGGAAUGGGAGUUUUUUGCACAGUUGCUACCCUUUUACUAAUAAUAUUGGCAAUUAUGGUUGCUAAAGUAAACUCUAUGCGCCCUAAUAUUGUUCUCAUCGUUGCAGAUGAUAUGGGCUGGGAUGACGUCAGCUUCCACGGGUCGGAUCAGACAUUGACUCCCAACAUAGACCUGUUAGCAUACACUGGAGUGGCCCUGGAGAGACACUACGGUCACUGUGUUUGCACCCCUUCAAGAGCUGCUCUGUUAACUGGGAAAUACGCGCAUACCUUAGGUAUGCACGGUUACCCAUUAACCAAUGGCGAAGAUAGGGGACUGCCUUUGACAGAGAAAAUUUUACCGGAAUAUUUGAAACAGUUGGGUUACGCUACUCAUUUGGUAGGCAAGUGGCAUAUUGGGCAGUCUCGUACUGCGUACCUGCCCACCUCCAGAGGAUUCGACUCUCAUUUUGGUUACAGAGGUGGAUAUGUUGAUUACUACGAAUAUAUGAAUGAAGAAACUUGGAGUUUGGGUCAAGUAUCAGGAUUUGACCUUUAUAGAAACCUAUCAGCUGCAUGGGAUGUCGAAGGGUAUAUCACUGAUGUGUUCACUGACGAAGCUAAACAUAUUAUAAGGAAACAUGACGAGUCAAAGCCGUUGUUCCUGAUGUUGAGUCACACCGCGCCCCACGGUAGCUUAGACGGCUUCCUCUUGCAGGCUCCACCAGACGUGGUCCGUAGCUUUCGGCAUAUAGAGUCACCCGAAAGGAGAAUGUUCGCUGCAAUGAUAAAAAAGCUUGACGAUAGUGUCGGUGAUGUUAUUGAAACACUGUCACGGAAGAAAAUGUUGGAGAAUACUAUUAUUGUAUUUAUGUCGGACAAUGGUGGAAUGCCAUUCGGUAGAAGCAUAAAUUACGCUUCUAAUUGGCCUCUGAGGGGCACGAAAUUUACUCCAUUCGAAGGCGGAGUGAGAACUGUAGCACUAUUAUGGACACCUACUUUAGCAUCCAAUUCAAAUCAUUUAUGGAAGGGAAAUAUGCAUAUCAUAGAUUGGAUUCCUACUUUAUUUGGUGCAAUAGGUGCUGAUCCGCCUUCAAAUAUAGAUGGAGUAAAUCUUUGGGAUGAUAUUGUUUUAAACCAAAAUUCAAGGAGAGAUACCUUUUUUGAAAUCUACACCUACCCCGAAACAAGUUUCAGCGCUGUUGUUUCUGGUGAUUAUAAGUUGGUCACUGGUAAUGUUACGAUAGACUACAGCGAUCAUUACAGUGGGAACUCAAGAGGCAUUAUCGGCCUUGGGCCUUCAUACAUUGAAGCUAUUAAAAUCAGCAAAAUGUAUUCUGUUCUUGACAAGCUCAAGAAGUCAUUUCCUAUUGAAGAAAUCAACCUGAGAGACAAUAUACGAGUAGAUUGUAAAGCAGAUAGCCUUGUCAAAUUAUGUUACUCAUAUGGACAUAACGUGUGCUUGUUUGACAUCAAGAAUGAUCCCUGUGAAACCAGAGAUUUGUCUGUAACAAUGCCGGACGUGGUAGAGAGACUACAGGAUAUACUAAAAGCCGAAAUGAACAGGGUAGUGGACCGCCCGAAUCCUUUGUUUCGAGAUCCUCGAGCUUUGCCUAGUUUGCAUAACUAUACCUGGGCAACGUGGGCUGACCAUGUUAUUGUUACCUGAGUUUAAUACGUCCACAAUUAUUUGUAGGUAAUACGUAAGUUAGUAAGUAAGAACUUUAGGUAUACCAUAUAUAUUUUAUAUUAAAAGUUAUUUAUCUUCAAAAAGUUGCAUAUGUUUGUCAGACCAUUUAGAUGUCAAAGACGCAAUUGUAGUGCUUGAGUGAAUAGAUAAAGUAGCUUAUAGUAUCAAUCCCUAUUUGACCCGCAAAGUUGUCGGAAAGUGGCGAAGGAUAAGCUAGAAUAAUUAAACAAAGCAUGGCCAUGUAAUAAAGUUGAGGGUACGUUCUGAUAUGAUGAAUUAUUCUUGAAGUUUUGAGUUUGAGGGUCGCUCGCUCAAAUAUUUACACGCUUCAGGCGAAACUGUUCUCUUGGAUUAAUGAAUUAGGCGCCAUGUUGGUCUGGUAUCAAGUUAUUUCACUAACAUAGUAUAAAUAACGAAUUGUGACACGAGCAUUGUAAUGUUCUGUUUGCGAAGCCUAUUUGUGUAUGCAAUACUGGAAUAAUGCUGUGUGGUAGCGUAUGCCCGUGUUCUUUUAAGGAUCCUAGAAUUCUGUUGGGAAUAUAGGCAUAUUGAGUUAAUUUCAAAGCAAAAUAACAUGUCAAUCAAUCAAUCAAUCAAUAAUACUUUUCUUUCAAUAUUAAGGCCCUUUACACGCUCCGACUUUUUGCAGCGAGACAAUCGCGAUGCAAGCGCGAAACGUCAAACUGUACACCAUCGCGACUGCAUUACUUUUAGUAGCGCAUACGUAUUCCAUCCCCCUUUACCCACGAGUCUAUUGGUUUAUGUAUAUUAAAACCGCGUCUGCAUCGCAUACUUACGAACAUCUACAUCAAUGCAAUCACGAUCCUGCAUUACGAUUGAAUACCAUACCGGAGAUCCGGGCGUCCCGGGUUGGAAUCCCGGUGGGAACAUAUCACAAAAAUCACUUUGUGAUCCCUAGUUUGGUUAGGACGUUACAGGCUGAUCACCUGAUUGCGCAAAAAGUAACAUAAC